UCACCUGCCACAAGUUGUGAAUUGGCCACUGGCCACGUCACCUGCCUCAAGACCCAGGGCAGCACAAAAUCUAAUUACACCACUGCUAUCAUGGCACAACUGUUCUCCAAGUAUGUGUUGUUUUAAAUAGUAUACGUACAUUUAGUAGUUCUAUGGGUGUAUUUUAUUUUCUGUUUCUUCAUAGGAGAGAGUAUCGUCACCCGCUGGCGCUCAUUGAGAGACCGUUAUAGGAGAGAUUUGAAGGAGGAGACAAUGUCCCGCAGUGGAGCUGGAGCCUCCAAGUACAAAAAGGGUGCAUUUUUUGAAAUGCUGGAUUUCCUGCGCAACGUGAUGAGCCUAAGAAGUACAGCCACUAACAUCAGUGAAACGGAGGAGGAAACAGAUAUUGAAUUUUCGCAGCCAGAUCCCAUGGGAGAAACUGGAGUGACAGAAAGUGAGGCAGCUGAAGAUGCCACUAGAGCUGCAAGACCGAUUCCACCAACCCCAAGUGUGCCUAUUCGUUCAGUUGGUUCAACUGUGAGAAAGCGUCCACAAAAAAACAAAUUAGAUAACGCAAUGCUGAGCUUCAUGGAGGAGAUGAAAGCAAGAAGACCUGACUCCAACGAUCCUUUUUUGGACCCUAACAACGAGGACGCUUGCUUCCUAAGAAGCCAGUACCACCUGCUACAAAAAAUGAAUCCGGAUCGAAAACUAGAUAUGCGCCUGGCAAUUGGCCAGUAUAUCGGUACUUGUCUGAAGGCUUCUAUGUCAGGAGACCCUGUGCCCCAAGUUAUCUCCCCUCCCCAACGCCAAUUCUACCCCGAUCACCCACCACCAGCUCCCUACACUCACCGAUUCCAACCCAGCCCUAUCCCCCAUCAUUACCGUGCCCCUGCCUCCACUGCCCAAAAUUUUCCAGUCCAACCCCAGGCACCCAACUAUGAUCCCUCUCCUUCCCAGGGGACUUCACGAUCUGAUUCCUCCCUUUUCCCCACCCCUUAUUACCAAGAUCUAUAAUUUUAUUUUUUUUGGAAAUUUUUGAUACGAUACUUUAAUAAAUUGAUUUUUGCCCCUU